GAACAUUUGGGAACAAUGAGGGGAAGCUCUGCUCUCCUGAUCCAGCGCCCCGGGGCCUGGAGAAACAGAUCAUCAUGGCUGCUCUUGGCACCGUUGCUCACCCCUGCUGUGCCCCUGCUCACGUCCCCCCCUUGCUGCCUGUGCCCAGAGGGAGCCCACAGGUUCCAGUGGAUCAGAAAUGUGGUUCCAGAGUUCGGGAUCUCCAGCUCUCAUGUUAAGGUGCUCUCGUCCCCAACUGAGUUCUAUGAGCUCCUGAAGGCACAGAUCAAGGCCGCUAAGCAGCGAGUGGUGAUGGCUUCACUAUACUUGGGAACAGGAUUCCUGGAACAGGAGCUGGUGGAUUGCUUAGAAGAGAUGUUGGACGGGUCGCUGCAGGCAAGUGGAUCAUCCUCUGAUCUCAGGGUUUCCAUCCUCCUGGAUUUCACAAGGGGAUCUCGCGGCAGGAAGAACUCCCGAACCAUGCUCCUCCCACUGCUAAGAAGAUUCCCAGAGCAAGUCCGUGUGUCCCUCUUUCACACACCCAACCUCCGUGGACUGCUGAGACUCUUAAUCCCUGAGCGUUUCAAUGAGACCAUUGGGCUGCAGCACAUCAAGGUUUAUCUCUUUGAUGAUAAUGUGAUCCUGAGUGGCGCAAACCUGAGUGACUCGUACUUCACCAAUCGUCAGGACCGUUACAUACUCCUUCGGGACUCUCCUGAGAUUGCAGAUUUCUUCACAGAGCUCGUGAAUGCAAUUGGAGAUGUGUCUCUGCAGUUGCAGGAAGAUGAUACGGUCCAGAUGAUAGAAGGGAUGGUGCAUCCUUACCAAGGAGACAAGAUAACAUAUUGCGAGAUGGCAAAUAAGAGAGUCAUGGAAGUGAUCAACUCUGCCAGGACACGACAAGAAUUCCUCCAUGCAGAGACUUUCCACAGCAGCCAGGGAGAUCGCUGCUUCUCCCAGCAAGAUCUAUAUGCGAGCGGGGACGUGAAACCGAAGCCAGACACGUGGGUUUAUCCGCUAAUCCAGAUGAAGCCCUUUGGGAUUCAGAUAGACGAGAUGGUCACAGAGACACUACUGACAGAGGCAGAGCGGGGUGCCAGGGUGUACCUCACUACCGGCUACUUCAACCUGACGCAAGCCUACAUGGAUUUAAUUCUCGGCACCAGGGCAGAGUAUCAGAUUCUGCUGGCUUCGCCAGAGGUGAACGGGUUCUUUGGUGCCAAAGGGGUGGCUGGGGGCCUCGGCCAGCAAGAGAGGGUCAGACUGCAGGAGUACUUCAGGAAUGGAUGGACUUUCCAUGCUAAAGGCCUCUGGCUGUACCUAGCAGGAAGCACUCUGCCCUGCCUAACCCUGAUUGGCUCUCCUAAUUUUGGGUACAGGUCAGUUCAUCGGGACUUGGAAGCUCAGGUUGCAAUUGUGACGGAAAAUAGAGACCUGCAACACCAGCUCCAUCAGGAGCAGGAGCAGCUCUACCUCAGGUCGGGCAUGGUGUCGCCAUCUACGUUUGAGCAGCCGAGUCGCUAUGUGAAGCUGUGGGUGAAGCUGGUAACGCCUCUGAUCAAGAACUUCUUCUGAAGGCACGAAGGGAGGCAGCUUGGGGUUGAAGGUCCAGACGUAAGUGGGGCCGCGUAUCCGCGUCUUGUAGACGGGGCACUCAUAGACGUUCUUGGUGUCCAUGCGGUCCACGGGGAUGGCUCUGAUGAAGAUGACUGGCAUCGAGGGCGUCAGCUCCUUCAG